AUGCUGCUGUUUGCCCACCAGACAGAGGAGGAGUUUGCGGAGCGCGCUCAGUCAAUACUUCCUACUCACCUGCGGAGCUCGCCUCUGAUGCUGUCUGCAUCGGAGCUGAGGGAAGCGGCCAGCCAGCUCAACAUCACCAGCAUUGACUACAGAGACCUGGGCUACAUCACCCCUGUGGAGGAUCAGGGUCUGUGUGGCUCUUGCUGGGCCUACAGCGCUACGGGAGCCCUGGAGGCCCAGUGGAAGAAGCGCUCGGGGCGGCUGGUUCCUCUCAGUAGGCAGCAGCUGGUGGACUGCUCCCGGCCCGCAGGGAACAAGGCCUGCAUCGGCGGAAGGCCCAGCCUGGCCUACAAUUACAUCAUCCAGAACGGAGGCGUCCAGGCUGAGGAGACAUACCCCUACGAGAUGAGGGAGGGUGAGUGCAGGGCCAACCUUAGCCUGAACAUCGUCUCAGUGAAGGACUGGAAGUACAUUCCCCCUGGAGACGAGCAGGCUCUUGAGGACGCCAUGGCAACCGCCGGACCCGUCGCCGUGGUUAUCGACACCACCACUCGCAAAUUCCAGUUCUACCGCAGAGGUGAGUGGCUUUCAGCACAGUCACACACACAGUAG